AUGGUCAUGGCUGGCCAGUGUGUUUCACUGGGCCCUAAAGAUCUUGGACCCCCGACUGAAGACAGCCUCAGUGUUCAAGAGUUAGAGCAGCUCCUGAAUACUGGGAGCCCUUCCUGCCACCACACUGACGAAGUUUGGCCUAAUCUUUUCUUAGGAGAUCAUGUAGCAGCGCAUAGCAGAUUUGACUUAUGGAAAAUGGGGAUUAACCACAUUUUAAAUGCAGCCCACGGCACUCUAUAUUGUCAAGAGUCACAUGAUUUUUAUGGUACAACGAUUGAAUACUGUGGCGUACCAGCUCACGAUCUUCCCAGUUUUGAUAUAAGCCUAUAUUUUUACUCUUCUGCGGAGUUUAUACACAAAGCUUUGACUACACCUGGAGGCAAAAUCUUCGUCCACUGUGCCUUUGGGAUAAGCAGGUCCUCCUCUUUGGUGCUGGCCUACCUUAUGAUCUACCAUCAUUUCUCGUUGGUUAAAGCGAUACAGACAGUAAAAGAACAUCGGUGGAUCUUCCCUAAUCGAGGUUUCCUGAAACAAUUAAGAAAUUUGGAUCUUCAACUAAGAAAAAAUACGAACAAAUAA